AUGAGUAACGGUGGAGUAAAUUUGGAUCUCAGCCCAGACAAGAUUACAUCCCCUGGAGAUGAUAUAGCAGGGAGUUCCGACGAAGUAACAUAUAAACCAUAUGUUAUGUAUAAAUAUGAUGCAACAAAACCACCAUUUCAGCUGAAAAGCUUGACAUACAAGGGACAGACACUCGAAGGAUUUGCCGGUAUAACGCAGAUUUCAAAUCUAUAUACCUACUUUACGAAGAACAACAGUUUUCUAUGUCUUCAAAUUAAGCAAAAGGACGAUAGAAAUACGUAUUAUACAACUAAAAAUGCCGCAAAAUCAGCUGAUGAGAAUACUACAUUUGAUAAAUUUAUAGUGAGUGAUAAAGGUAAAAAGGAGGUUAAAGAACUUAGUCCUGAUCAAACAAAAACUCUAUUGCAAAACAUAGAAGUUAACAAUCAGCUUGACUAUGAUACUUUAGAUGCUUAUAUAAAGGAGUAUCUUUGGAGACAAAAUGAUAUAUACUUUAACCUUAAAAACGAACAGAAUAGAGAUUUAAUUGAAACAUACGAUUCUGAAGUUACCAAUAUUAAGGUUACUGUUGAAAAAGGUAAAACAAUAAAUAAGAACUUCCUUGAAGUUAAACACGUUUCCAAAGGGUUUUCCGAUUCGUUUUAUAUUAAAGGUUUUCGUGACGCAGGUGGUAAUAUAGUAAUCGUAAAGGGUGGCUUUCCAAAUGAUAUAAUCAAAGAGUUCAUUGUCUACUAUAGGGAUGGUGAUUAUAUAAACCCUCUAUUAGUUGUUUUAACUUUAAAAGAUAUUAGCGAUAAUGAUAAAAGUUUUGUUAAUGGGAGUUACAUUCUCUCCAAUACAAUUACAUACCAUUGGGAUAUUCUUAGAAUCUCAGAAACUGAUAUAGAGGAUAAAAGGCUCGGGGAAGUACUCCAAAAGAUCGAUGAAAAUCGAAAAGUUACACUUUUCAAGCCAGAAACAGAACUUCGGAAAAGGUUUCAAGAUAUCACCAAAGAUCUUCUUAUCAAUUUAACAGGGGAUUUCCAGGAAGAAAAAGGCAAAUAUGACUCUGAUGGUAAAAAAAUUCCUUACAAAAAAACAAAAGUUUCUGCUGGUUAUACUUCGAUUUUUCAUGGCUAUGGAUUCAUUAGUUUUACAAUAAGCAAAAUUGCCACUAAUUAUGGAUCAAUUUCUCAAGAUAUUCUUCCUCAAAACGGCACUAGAGUAUCUAGGUUAAAGGUUUACUAUAAUGGCACUGUAUCGACAGAUGACCCCCUACUAAUAUACUUCCUGCAGAGUGAUGGGACAAAGAAGUGGAUAUGCAGACAUCUUGGAGAUAAACAGUGGGUGGAACUUGAACGUGGAGCUCCAACUAGUGAUGUAGAUUCUUCUAAAAUCAAGACGCUUCUUGAUAAACUGUCCACUCCAAAGAUUAUAAUUGAUGUUUCCAAAACUGGUGGUCAAUACCAACCAGAUGGGAAUACUCUGCAAUUUACUGUUGAUAAGUCUGUAGUUAAUGGUUCGCAAGACUACUAUGGCUUUAAACAUACUGAAUCGGGAAACAAAGGAUUUAUGAUUAAGGAAGUUAUUCACAAAGGAGAUACAUUAAGCGGUAUAACGUCUGACGGUGAGCUAGGUAGAAAAUUGGAGAGUAUAACUGCCUAUUAUGAUGGAGAUAGUCCUACAGAUCCUACCAAACUUCUCUUGGUUGAACUAGUUAGUAGGAACAAUGAAAGGUACUUUUAUAGAAAAACUAAAGGUGCAUCUACAUGGUCAAAUUAUCCCGGACCUGAAGGAACUGGCAAACUGACUGAUCUAAAGGAACUACUAGACAGACUAAAGGAAGAUGAUUUUCCUGGACUUUCCACACCAGAAUCUGAAGAGGAUUCCCAAAAUUCCACGGGAGCAGAAGACUCAAAUCAAGAAUCCUCACCAACAUCUACAUCCCAAUCUUCUAUUAGCCCUGGAGCAGUAAUUGGUGGAUUGCUUGGUGGCAUUGCUUGCCUAUGCAUUGUUGGUGCUCUAAUAUGGAAGUUAAAGCCCACAGUAGGGAUUUAUGUAGUCAAUAAAAUCCGCCGAGUAUAG